AUGGCUUGGUCGUGUCCAUCGGAACUUCUGAAGGGGCUGUCUCUGUCGGAGAAGAAGAGCCUCGCUGGUCUUGUGGCGGUGUCCUUACCGGCCGAUGACCUAGCGGACGGGCUUUGGAGCCUGACUCUCCUCGAAGACAUCUUGCAGCUUCUGGGCCUUGACAAGGACCUCGCGGAGGGGUUCUACCCAAUCACAGAGCGAUCCCGCCGGGGGCUGCCGCGGCCCGCGGACUCAAAGGCGGCAUGGGAGGAAAGGGUGGAGCCGUUUCGCGUAUGCCUCCCGCCCUUGGGAGAGCCGCGAUCGGCGGUACUGAGGGACCUCAUGGUGAUUGUGGCGCUGCGGUGUGGCUACGAUGCGAGAACGAGGGUAACCUUCCGAAGGGUCUGCGACGCGAUGCAAGUCCGGUGGCACCCGCGUGUCUCCGAGGUCGAGAGCACGCUCGCGAGGAAGGUCUACGAGCGAGUCGCCAGGGAUCGGGAGCGUGAGCUACGCACCGACCGCUGGCGGGGGUUCAAGAUUGGCGCCGCCAUGAUAGGGGGGGGUACCCUGCUCGCGGUCACGGGCGGUCUGGCGGCCCCCGCGCUCGCCGCGGGGAUAGCGGCGAGCUCGUCCGUCAUCGGCGCCACCGCGGCGGCUACCCUCAGCGGCUUCGCCACGACGGCCUGGAUGGCGACGCUGUUUGGGGCCGGUGGGGCGGGGCUGGUGGGGUACAAGAUGGACAGGAGAACCAAGGGUGUCAAGGAGUUUGAGUUCGAGUCUGAGACAUCGGUGGGCGAGGAGAUGUGCGUGUCGAUCUGCGUCCCCGGCGUUCUCAAGGAUAAAGCGGAUCUGCAGAGGGGGUGGGGCGUGGAGCCACGGGGCUCGGACGUUUCCGCGAAGGAGCGAUUGCGCCGCUUCUACUACGUCCACAACAGGGCCAAGGUGGGUGAUGUGGAAGACAUCCUGGUAGCCUACGACGGCAAGGAGUCGAAGCUUUGCAAGGCCCUCCACGACAGGUACGGGGCUGACCCCAGGGAUCCUCCCACGAGGGAGGCUCUGGCACGUGCGGAGGGCCGCAGAGUGGAAGGGGUCUCGCAGGAAGACCUGGCGAGGGAUGCGGCGGCUAUCGAGCAGCUGAUGGAGGCCGUGUUGACGAAGGAGAAGCAGGAGACGGAGAAGGCCAAGGCCAGGGCUGUGGAAGAAGCCAAGCUCGCCAAGGAGGAGCCUGCCAGAAACGCCGGAACGACCCUUUCUUCUACAAACCCCGGGGACAACCGGAGACCAUCCCCUACCGCAAGGAACGCCUCUGGGCGGAAACCUGCGGCGACGACCUCAGCCUCCCGUCACGGAGGGGAUGAUCGGAUGCCAUCCCCGGCCGCCACAAACGCCUCCAGUACUCCAGCAGGAAGAGGUCCGAGCCCCGAAGUCCCCUCGCCAUCGGACGGCAAUCCUUUCACGGUCCCCGGAGCGGCGGGCACCGUGGCGCCCACCGCCGCCGCAGUCGCGCCCGCAGCAGCAGCCGCCGCAGGAGUACCGCCGCACCCCACCGCCGAGCCCCGGGAUUCAGGGGGCAACAGCGGAUUGGACACCGGAAGCGGUGGCGGCGAUGGUCUCUUGCGGGACUGGGACCGGGGUCCCGACGGACAGGUCGAAGCUCUUCGGGGGGGGGUAGGGAGUAUGUCGUUGGCGGCGGAGGUAGGGGCUGCUGCUGCUGCAAGCAAGGAGGUGGAGGAGGAGUCGGACGAGAUCCAGAUUUUUGUUGAGGCUGACGGCAUCGGCGGCGCCGCCGAGGGUGCGGGGGGGGGGGAAGGGGGGGACAAGGGGGACCCUGAAAAGGAGGACAAGGAUUUGUUGAAGCACCGGGUUUGGUUCUGGCAGGACAAGCUGCCGCACACCGACCAGUACGUGCUACGCUGGGAGAGCGACUGGCUCGUUACCCUGGGCAAGAGCGUAGAGACGAUAAUCAAGAGCUUGAGCCAGAGCGCCAUGCAGGAGACUCUCAAGUACACCACUCUGGCGGCGAUCAUGACGUCACUAGCCUGGCCGUUGGCACUGAUUUCGCUCUCAAGCAUGAUCGACGCUGAUUGGACCAUCGGGAGGGAGCGGGCGGACGUCGCGGGAAAGAUUCUGGCCGACGCGCUGCUUAACAGGGAGCAGGGGUGCCGCCCUGUCACCCUGGUGGGGACCUCUCUGGGAGCCCGGCUGAUCUUCGCCUGUCUCGAGGAGAUCGCAAGGCGACACGAGCUUUGGGAGGAGCAGAUGAUGGAGGAGGCCGGCGGGGGGCAAGACCACUGGGGCUGCGCCGCCGCCGGCUCGUCCGCCACCACAGCGGGGAGGGGCCCACCUCGAAGCAAGAUGACCCGCCUUAGGAACGCCGUAACGCCGGACAACAGGGGCAAGAGCAAGGCCGGCCUCAACGGCGUCGGCGUGUCCGCCGGCAGCAGCAACAGCGGCGGCGGUAGCAGCAGCAGCAGCAGCAGCAGCAGCAAGAACGAGGCAAGGUGUGCCGCCGGCGUGAUCGAGAACGUUUGCCUGCUCGGCGCGCCUGUGGGAGCCACCGCGGCCCGGUGGGAGCGCGUCGCGAGGAUGGCCCACGGUAGGGUCAUCAACGGGUACUCCAAGUCCGACGUCAUCAUCGGCCUUGUGUUCAGGGCCAAGAGCUUGUCGCUGUCCGUUUCCGGCAUCCAAAAGGUGUCGGCGGUGGGCGUAGAGAACGUCGACCUCUCCUCGGUCGUCGGGUCCAACCACUUCAACUACAACCGCAAGAUGCCAGAGAUCCUUGAGCUGCUGGAUCUUGACAACACCUCCACGUAUAUCGGCCGCGGCGACUCUCCCGAGGAGAUCUCUCCAGCCGUUGCGGCGGGGCAGCGUUAUGGGAGCGAUAACGUCGUGGUGUACGGCACUACCGUAGUACCGCCGUAAAGUAAAGCUUACACCAGGUGGAAUGUGAUGCACAUGGCGAAUCCGUCUUAUGUAUGACGUGUAGCAGAGCUGCUUCUUGUAUGAGAGGAGGAGGAGCCGUCUUAUGUAUGGCACGUAGCAGAAUCGCGUCCUGUAUGACAUGAGGCAGAGCGGUCUUAUGUACGACACGAGCUAAAAGCCGUCUCAUGUGCGACAUGCGUCAGAGCUGCCUCUUGUACGACACGAGGCAAAGCCGUCCUUCUUAUGUAUGACAUGUAGCAGAAGCCGCCUUUUGUAUGACGUGAGAAAUAACCGUGACGUGUGCCAAAGCCAUUUUAUCUUCCGUAUGACACGAGCCCAAGCCGUCUCAUGCAGGACAUGCGGCAAAGCCGGCACAGCUGGCGACAUCGUGUCGCUCGAUGAAAAAACAUGAACGUGUUUGUAGUAAGCCAGGAUUUUUCUUUUUCUUGGAGUGCCUGAGCGUUCGUCUCUUCUUGCGAUAGGCGCAAUGUCGGCGUUCGGCGAUUGUGUAGAUAGACCUUGGUUGGCUGGUUGGAUGUUCUUCGCUCCUGUUGUGGGGGAGGUCCAUGGAGGUGCAAACGCCCACUUUCCCAAAUAGUUCUCCAAUUGUUCCCUAUUGCAAGUUGGGGUUUCUGCAGCGACUGAAAAAGUCCGACUGUAUCAUUGUUUGUGACAGAAACUCUCAAGAGGACCAUAAUUUUUCUUACAAAAUCUUGGCCUAGAAACUGAGACGUUCGAAUCAAGUCAUUUGGGAGUGGUCGGCCAGGAAUUACCCCCGUUGCUCUCUCUCUGUCGCUCUCUCUCCUCUCUCGUCAUACGUACCAAUUGCUUUUCGUGCCAACCAGACCCUCGGGUCUUGCACAAGUAUCAUCGUCCUCUAAAGAAUGGUACCUGACUGCCAAUUACAGCAGCAUUUACAGUUUCACACGGACAGACCACGCCUAAUUUAGUCCACAGCCACCACCAUCACCACACUUUUUGGCCAUUGUGCGAUUGCUGUGACGUGGCGACAUCUGGGUCUUUCCACCUGCUACCGGCAAUCUUAGCCCUCUAAGGUAGUACCGUAGUCAAGACCGACAGACGAGAAAAGUGUCCAAAACCAAACAACGGACACUGUAGACUACAGCAGCCAGGAAGGGGCACAACGUUGCAGUCUCCUACAUGACAAAGUUGGCGCCACUGCCGCCUUUGCCUUCAAGCCGCGAUGAGCCCACAUGGAGUGAGUAACGACUCGGGUUAAAAGUUACGAAGCCGUUUCGGACGGCAAACAAACAUGGCGUGUGAA